AUGCUGGCAGCUUCGAUCUGUCGCGAAGUUCACUUCACAGUGUUGUCCAGCACGACGAUGGCUUCACGCGUACCACGUUGCCUGUUCGGCAAACCGAACUCGAGGGAAACCGUGGAGAUGCUCCAAGAGGCGUUGGACGCCGAACGGAGUAAAUUCGCGAAGCGAUGGGGCGUCGAUCCCCGUUCAGAGGACAAAGAGAAUAAUUAUCAGAGGAAGCAUCACGACAAGUACGAGCAGUCGCCAAGGAAACGAAGCAAUCCGUACUCGAAACAGACGAGUAUUCACGAUUACUGGCGAGCUCGGAAGGUAUGCGAGGUGAAUAAGAAGCCCCUUGCAUCAUCGGUGGACGCGGCGAAGCAGCAGAGCGACGCGACGAAAGCGUCGAAAACGAUGAAAUCAUCGAAGAAGGCGGCGCAGAAUUGAAGGAGAUGAAGAAACGCGUAUUUAAUUGCGUACUCCC